AUCUAUCUAUCGGUUUACACAAUUGAUUGAUUCCCCCCAACCCCAUGGCUGGUGAGUGAAGAACAUUACAGACACAGUGUUCGUUCACUUCUAAUUCCUAAACCCCCACCAACCCAUUUGUUGUUUCUUGUUGAAUUACAAUCUCCUUUCAAAAGGGUAUCUCAAUUUGCUUUCAAAAUUUUAUCUUCAACAAUGUCUCUCCCUUAUCCCUUAUCUUCCACUUCCGCUUCUUUUCAACCUCCUUUACUCAGAUUCAAGGGUACAUCAUGUUUUGUUGAGAAGCGCAGUUGUUGCUUAGGUAUUAAGCCAUUUUCUGCAUCUCAGAAGACAUGGCCCAAGAUCUCAUGUGCUAUGAAUAUGUCAGCACAUCAAUCAGACGAUGAUAGAAAAUUGCAACUUGACCAGCUAAUAGAUAAAGCCCGUAAGCUUUGGGACCGUUCUCCCGAGCCGGUGAAGAAUUUCCCGUGGAACACAACACUGGGCAACUUCAUUCAACUUGUUCUUGAUCUUACUUUGGCUGUUAUCAAAUACCUAUAUGUACCUGUAUUCACAGUUACCUCCAUCAGUGAGUUAUCGUACUGCGCGCAUCAAAGAAAGCUACUUCUUGUUCCUAUCCCUGUUCUCUUGGGAGCUGCUGUUGCUGGGAUCCUUAAAGAGACUGCAUUGAAGUUAUCUCCACGGCUAAGGGAUGCAGAAGUUCCAUGGCAUUUAAUUGCCGUUACAAUUUUCUUCACAUUGAUCAAAUUGCCAGGUCCAUAUUACCCUUCUUUGGGACGUAUACUUAUUCCUCACUUUGCAAAUGGGGUUCUGUUGAGGACUCUAUGGUUUGCAAUAUUGUGGUACAGAAGACCUAAAGCAUUGAAGAUUUUAGACUCUGAUAAUUAGUUAACCCACUGAGCUAUGGUACAAGGUUGCAAAGUCAAUUUAAGUAGAAACAUAAGUUUUCACUAAUGAAGAUCUUCUUGGAAAAUCAAGCAAUACAUUGAGAAUUUCAUUGAAAUUAGAAUUCACUUUGUUGAGAAAAGAUGUACACUGCUAUGCUUGGUUUGUGUCAUGAGAAUGACUGAUUAGGUUGUGCUGGAUGAUCCAGAUAAUCAAGUUGAUAAACAUUAAAUAGAUGUCAAUGUUGACUGUUACUUUUUGUAUAAGCAAACUUUUUUGUUCUUAUCAUGCUUCUCAAACUUGUAUGUGACAAUUGACAUGUUCAUAUUGGAGCAUGUACACAAUUUUGAACUGAUAUAAACAAAUUAGGAAAGCUUAAUUAAA